AUCAAAAUGGUCCCUCGCAAAAAUAACACCAGGGACCCAUUGUGCUCUACUCUGAAUAUGUUUAUUUUGUCUCUGGCUUUUUCGUAUUUCACCAAGACUUUGUCUGGCACCAACAUGAAGAGUGCCAUUACCCAGAUAGAAAGAAGGUUCAACCUGUCAAGCACUCUCUCUGGCCUCAUUGAUGCCAGUUUUGAGAUAGGUAAUCUGCUGUUUUUACCUCUUGUAAGCCAUUUUGGGUCAAAAUUGCACAGACCUAGGCUAAUGGGAUGUGGUUGUUUUCUAAUGAGUUUUGGUUCUGCUGUCACUGGGCUCCCUCAUUUCUUUAUGGGACAGUACAAGUAUGACACAAUAAUACCAGUGAAUCAAACUGUCAACAUUGUUGCAUGCCAGGAUCUCACAAUGCAAAGCAAUUACAUGGAUAUUCCCCUAGAGCAUUCACAAGGUUUUGAAGCAGGCCCAGGCUGUCUGAAAGAAGCUGGAUCAAAUCUGUGGGUUUAUGUAAUGCUGGGAAACGCUCUCCGUGGAAUAGGAGAAACACCACUCAUGCCCCUGGGGAUCUCAUACAUUGAUGACUUUGCAAAAGCAGAGAACUCUGCAAUUUACAUAGCAUGCCUCCAGGCAGUAGCACUGGUGGGUCCCAUUUUUGGCUACGUUUUGGGCUCCUUGUUUGCCAAACUAUAUGUUGAUUUAGGAUUUGUCAACACUGAAACACUGACCAUCACCCCCAAUGACAUUCGGUGGGUGGGUGCCUGGUGGCUGGGUUUCUUUGUGUCAUCUGCCCUCUUGCUCUUGUCUGGCAUUCCUUUUUGGUUUUUCCCUCGUUCUUUACUCAAACAGGAAGAGGAACACAUAGACAAUCAAAGUUCUGAUCAUGGCAACCAGGACCAUGCUGCACAAUCCUCAGGGUUAUAUUUGAAAUUGUCAGACGCUGCAAAAGGUUUCUUAUUCGCAUUGAAGAAGCUCUUGGACAGCCCUAUUUACACCCUUAUACUCUUUGAACAAGUCUUGGUAUUCAGUUCUUUAAUAGGCUUCUUUACCUUCUUGCCCAAGUACAUGGAGCAACAUUUUGGCCUGUCCUCCCACAGAGCGAAUUUUCUCAUUGGUUUGACAAACCUGCCUGUAUCAGCUUUGGGGAUGUUUCUGGGUGGCUUGCUGAUGAAGAGGUACAAACUGAGUUCGUUAUCAGCAACAAAGUUUUCAUUUCUUACCUCUCUUAUAGCCAUGAUCCUGCUGUUCCUGCGGUUCAUGAAUAAGUGUGACAACAUACGCCUAGCUGGCCUCACUGUCUCUUAUAACAGCACACCUCAGAUUUCAUACGAUGAGCAAAUGCUGUUCUCAGAGUGUAACCAGAACUGUUCAUGUUCUGCAACAAAGUGGGAUCCAGUGUGUUAUGACGGCAUUACAUACAUGUCUCCAUGCCUGGCAGGAUGUACAAGUUCCACCGGGCAUGGCAAAAAUACGAUUUUCCACAACUGCAGUUGUGUGUUGUACCUGUCACCACAAGAGGGCAGCACCUCUGUGUCUCUUGGACAGUGUCCUCGCGCACCAGAAUGCAGUCGUAGUUUUACCUUAUUUAUGAUAUUGUUUGGAUUUGCAACGUUCACUAAAUCUCUGGGAAUGACGCCUAUGUUUAUGGUCAUGAUACGGUGUGUUGUUCCUGAGCUAAAGUCACUGGCUAUUGGUAUUCAAACUCUAGCAAUUAGAACACUAGCUGGUAUUCCAUCUCCAGUGUAUUUUGGAUCGGUAAUUGACUCCAGUUGUUUAAAAUGGAGCGUGAGGAAAUGCAGAAGCCAAGGGUCCUGCCGCAUGUAUGACAUGAACAUGUACAGAAUUGUCUACCUGAGCUUGAUGACAAGUCUGUUUGGCUCCUCUCUGUUUUUUGGCUUUGCUGUUGUUGUACUGUUGACAAAUCAGUUCCGUAUGGAAGCCCUGAAGCAGACCCACCAGGAUGAGAUUGAACUGCAAGGCUCAAAUCAACAAUGUAAUGAUCAAAACCAAUCAGAAUCAACCAGCCUCAACAGAAACACCAUAGAAAUUUAAGGGUGAUAAUAAUGGAUAAAAUAAUGUACUAAUCUUAGUUUCUUUAGAAUGCAGAAGAUAGUUGAGCAUGGGCGUAAAUGUACUUAGUCUUAGUAUUCAGUAUUCAGUCACUUUGCCACUAUAUUCAGUAUUUAAUGUUAUUUAGAAACACAUUAUAGUAUAUUUCAUUCAAAUGGUAAAAUUCCAGACAACUUUCCCGAACCAAGAAAUAACAUUUUUUAACUCACAACAGUUCUGCUCUCUUUUUUUUAUCUCGUCAUCACACUGAAGCACACUUCAGCU